AUGUUCAAGUACAUUUCGCUCGCUCUUCCAUUCCUUGUAUCCUUGCAAAUGGUACACGCUUUCACCAACGGCUAUAAAUGGACAGAAGAAGGUGCAGUGGCUCAUUGCGGCACAGAUGUCGGGCAACAAUGCAUACAAGUGGAAAAGUCACCAGAUGGUUUUACCAUGAAAAAUGAUGCAAACUUAGAUAUCGAAUGUACUCCUUCUGGCCUUUGCGCUUUCGCUUUCGACUUUGAUAGACAAUUUGCUAACGUGACAGUCAAUUGCUCAGGACCAAAUUCAACUCCGGUCGGCCGUAACAUUUUUGCCACAUUUGGCAAGACUGAAGUAUACAGUAAAGGUACCGAGUAUGCAUACUUCUACGUCUAUGGUGAGCAAACUUCAGCCAUGUGGGAAAGUGAUCCAAAAUGGACGAUUGCGAGCAGAGCAGACGUCCCCCAUUACUCCUCAAAGAAGGCAGAAACGUUGCACGUCAAAUGCUCUGUAGAUCAAUGA